AAGAAGACGAGCAUGGGGCGCCAAAGGAUCGAAAUCAAGCGCAUCGAAAACGAGGAGGCCCGGCAGGUCUGCUUCUCGAAGCGCCGGGCCGGUCUAUUCAAGAAGGCCACCGAGCUCUCCGUCCUGUGCGGCGCCGAGAUCGCCCUCGUCGUCUUCUCACCCGCCGGAAAGCCCUUCUCCUUCGGCCACCCGUCCGUAGACUCCGUCGUCGGCCGCUUCCUCUCCGGCGGUGCGGCGCCAACUCCUACCCCUGUCGUAGACCACCGGAUGGUCCCGGCGCGGGCUUCGCUGGUCCACGAGCUCGACCGGCAGUACCUCGAGCUCGGAGAGCGGCUGGCGGCGGAGAGGGCGAGGAAGGACGCGCUGGAGGCGGCCUUGAGGGGGCGGUGGGGUUCCACGGCUGGCCUGUUGGACGCGAACCUGGAGGAGAUCGGAUUGGUGGAGCUCGAGAGACUACGGGAGGCGCUAGAGCGGCUGCGGUGGGACGUGGCGAUGAGAGUGAAUCAGCUGGUGAUCGAGGUGCAGACAAGGAGCGUCGUCAUGGCGGGGGACGCGGCUGCAGGUGGCUUCGUUGGGGGAUUCCUUGCGGCGGCGGAGGAGGGCGUGGUGGCGCUUCCUCCUCAACAUGGUUUUAGCUAUGGAUACGGAGGUAUCUUCUAA